GAAGAACUGAAGACAGAAAGAAGGAAGCCGAAAAAUCGAGAAAAAUCUGAAUCAUCUUCUUCUCCGUUCAAACCCUAGAGAGUUCAAAUUACCCGCGCUAAGCAGAAGAUUCGAUUUCAUCUCGGUAUUAGUAAUGGAACACGGAUCACUUCAGGACCCCAGUUCAUCAACAUUCUCAAUAACUAAUGAGGAUCAUACUCUAGCUAACUCUGUUAGAUUUACACUCAAUCAAGACCCGAGGGUGGUUUCUUGUGGGUACAGCAUGCCGCAUCCAUCUGAAGCUCGAGUAAAUAUGAGGGUCCAGACAACUGGUGAUCCUGCAAGUGAGGUGUUGAAAGAUGCAUGUCAAGAAUUGAUGUUGACUUGUAAACAUAUUAAUAGUGUCUUUGAACAGGCUGUCUCAGAUUUCAAAGCUUCUCAGGCUCUUAAAUCCAUGGAAAUCAAGGAUGAAUAGAAACUGUCUUUUAUUUAUUUUUUAGUUUUGAUGAUUUGAAUCAGAUUUCUUUGGCUGGUUAUUUAUUAUAUAGAAUUCUGAACAUGGUCUCAAAUUUUGAAUUAUUUGCUAAAUUAUUAUUGGAUCUU